AUGGCACCUAGACUCCCUCCUCCACCCCAACCUAACGAGCCUGAUGCGUCCAACAACGCUAGGUUGUUGGAGACAGUAAUAGACCGCUUGCAGCAGCAGAACAAUACACUGAUGGAACAAAAUGCCACCCUAAUGCAGCAGAAUCAGAGUGCCAUGCAGAGUUUGGAAGCUUCACGUGCCAACUCUGAAACCACGCAAAGACAACUAAUGGAAAUCCUAGCAGCGACUAGGCAUCAUUCAGGGGCGUCCUCUUCCAACGCUGCCCCGCCUACUGCCGAAUGGAGCUUGGAGAGUUUCCUCCAACACCAUCCUGCUAAGUUCAGUGGAAAGGGUAUCCCAGACGAAGCGGACCAGUGGUUGAGGGAUAUAGAGAAGAUCUUCAACGCCAAACGAUGCCCGGAUGAGAACAGAUUGGCGUACGCUGAGUAUUUACUGACUGGAGAAGCGAGUCAUUGGUGGUCGAGCGCUAGAGCUAUUCUUACGGACGCGCAACAACCGAUCACCUGGGAAGUAUUUAGAGGCAAGUUCUAUGAGGAGUACUUUCCAGAUAGCGUCCGGUUUGCCAAGGAAGUUGAGUUUCUACAAUUGGUUCAGGGGAGUAUGUCCAUUUCCGAGUACACCAAUAAGUUCAAGCACUUGGUGAGGUUCAACACUAUGGCGACGAGUGAGCAGUGGCAGUGUAGAAAGUUUGAAAAUGGACUGAGAAGUGAUCUUAAGGUGUUGAUCUCCAGUUUGUGCAUUCGGUCGUUUCCAGCCAUGGUUGAGAGGGCUAAAGUGUUAGAGAAAAAUAUGGCUGAGGCGGAACAACAUAAGAAACAACAGGCGUCGAGAGGACCAGUCAUGUCGAGACCUAAUGUAAAUCGGAACAGGACCCCAUACGCUCGUCCAGCCCAGUCGAGUGGUUCGCAAGCUGUGGUAGUUGCUGGACAAGCAAAUCAACAAGGGCCGGUCAGAUGUUUUCAGUGCGGAGGACCUCACUUUAGAUCUUCAUGCCCUCAGUUGGUUGGAGGGAAAUAUUGCACUCGUUGUAAAAGAAAUGGUCACCUGGAGAACGAGUGUAAUAUGGGCGGACGUGCAGUGAUGAGGCCGCCGAACGCUGGGAGGACUCAACAAGGAAGAGGUGGAAGAGCCCAAGCUGUGGGGCGAGUAUAUGCGAUCACUGGUGCAGAAGCAGCGAGCUCAGGUACGCUCGUCACUGGUACCUGCUUAGUUCAUGGAAUUCCUUGCUGUGUGUUGUAUGAUUCUGGGGCAACACACUCCUUCAUCUCGAAGGCGUGCGUUGAUAAGUUGGGGUUAACCGAGAGUGAGAUGCAGUUCGACUUGGAAUUAGAAGUGAUUCUGGGAAUGGAUUGGCUGAAUACCAAUCGCAUCCUCAUAGAUUGUGGGGCUAAGGAGUUGAUUUUUCCUGAGGAAUGUGAAGAAGAGUUAGGAGUGACGCUCAUUCAAAUUAAAGAAGAUAUAAUGGAAGGCGCCAGUUGCUUCUUGAUCAUGACGCAUGAAGACCGAGAGCUGGCGGAUAAGAGUUUUGAACGUUCGUUCAAUAAGUACGCUGAAGGACGAACGGUUGUGGACGAAUUCCCGGACGUUUUUCCGGAUGAGACUUGGUAA